AUGCAACCACGUUCGUCCUCGCCGCCUCCUCUAAAACGCGCCCGGCGGACAUUAACAGACUCACCGCCUUAUCCCACCUCUUCAGAUCCUCACUCAACCAACGGGCAUGCCUCUACCUCUGCCUCUUCUUCUUCCAACACAACCACCUCCCUCCCCCCACUCUCACUCUCAAUCCUAGGCGUCGAGCCCCUCGACGAAUUCAUCAAGGAGAUCGCGGACUUUAUCCACCACAUGAUCGUCACACGCCCGUAUGCGCACGAGUACCCCGCCGCGCGCGUCGAGGUUGAGGCGAAGAUUGGGCUGUUGAGGGAUAGAGCGACGGGCGGGAGGGUGGUGUUGCCUGUGCUUGUUGAGACUAUCCUCGCGCCGGGCGCAACAGACACGCGCUUCGAGUCUAACAUGUCGCUCCACCAACACAAACACUUCAACACGCUGCUCAACAAACUCAAAAUGGAGUCUCCGAGCGGCGCGAGCCCGUUGGGGUACAGCCACCUCUACCUCAUAGACAGCUUUUACGCUUUUGAUCCCUCCUCCUCCAGUGGCGCUGGUGCAUCUAGUAGUAGUAGUAGCAGCGGCGGUAUGGGUAUGGGAGGUGGAGGGGAAAGAGGCGAGAGAGGGGAAAAGGUGCGGGUGACGACGGACGAAAAGACGAAAGCGGUGAUCGAGUGCGUGCGCAAAGUUAGGCUUGGGGAUUUGAAUGUGUAUAGUCCGAAGAGGGAGGCGGAUUGGAGGGUUAGUGUUAAUUUGGAGAUUCCUGUACCCCGGCCUACCGGUACUUCAACACACACGAGACGGAAAGACCGUAUAAGCUAUUCGCAUGAAGAGUUCAAGAUUGAUUUGACACAGGUUACAUCUUCGAUGUCGCCCAAUGCGCCUCCCCAAACCCUCCACGAACUCGAACUCGAAAUCGCACGGCCCGACUUCCUCCUCGCCACCGCGCUCAAACGGGGAGACCCCGCCGCGCCCGAGCACGAGCGCAGCGCGUUCGACGAGCUCAUCCGCGCGUUUGUGAAUAAUGCGCGCAUUUUGGUGCGGAAUUCGGGGGAGGGGUGGCAGUGA